AAAAAAAAAGAAGGCAUUAGGCCCGUAGCCAAAAGCCCAAAGCAAACCCUAAAAAACCCUCCUUAAACUUGAUGUUACAAGGUCGAAGGGUUUCUCUCUGAAUCUGCACCAGACAGGCAGCCGCCGUUGUUAGGUGCGGCGAAUCAGUCAUUCGGAAUGGCAUUCGUGAAGGCUCAGAAGUCAAAGGCCUACUACAAGAGGUAUCAAGUCAAGUUUAAGAGAAGAAGAGAGGGAAAGACCGAUUACAGAGCCAGAAUUCGGUUGAUUAACCAGGACAAAAACAAGUACAACACUCCAAAAUACCGUUUCGUCGUCCGAUUCACAAACAAGGACAUUGUUGCUCAAAUCGUCUCUGCUAGCAUAUCCGGUGAUAUUGUUCUUGCUGCAGCUUAUGCACAUGAGCUUCCUCAAUUUGGCCUUGAAGUAGGUCUUACAAACUAUGCUGCAGCCUAUUGCACCGGUCUCCUUUUGGCCCGCAGAGUUCUUAAAACUCUUGAAAUGGAUGAGGAGUACGAGGGCAAUGUAGAGGCUACCGGAGAGGAUUAUUCAGUUGAACCAGCUGAGUCCAGGAGGCCAUUCCGUGCUCUCCUUGAUGUUGGUCUUGUUAAGACCACAACCGGCAACCGUGUCUUUGGUGCACUCAAGGGAGCUUUGGAUGGAGGUUUGGAUAUUCCCCACAGUGACAAAAGGUUUGCUGGUUUUGAUAAGGAGAAAAAGGAGCUUGAUGCUGAGGUUCACAGAAAGUAUAUCUUUGGUGGACAUGUUGCUGCCUAUAUGAAGACAUUGAUCGAAGAUGAACCAGAAAAAUACCAAACACACUUCAGUGAAUAUAUUAAGCGUGGGAUUGAAGCCGAUGGAAUUGAAGAACUGUACAAAAAGGUUCAUGCUGCCAUUCGUGCUGAUCCAUCAAUCAAAAAGUCCGGGAAGCAGCCACCAAAGGAACACAAGAGGUACAACCUGAAGAAGCUCACCUAUGAGGAGAGGAAGACUAAGUUGAUUGCCCGCCUUCAAGCUCUCAAUUCUGCAGCCGGAGAGAGUGAAGAUGACGAAGAGUGAAAUAGAGUUUGGAAAGCAGUCCGAUGUUUAACUUGAGUUUUCAUAUUAGUUUUCUUAAAAAUUUUGUUGCUUUUAAUUUUAGAUCAAUAUUUUUGGAUAAUUUGGAUUAUCCUGGAUUUACUUGUUUCAUUUUACAUUAUCUGUUUUCGGAAGGUAAUUUCUUGCAGUUGAAUCAACUUAAGUUAUCAAUA